AUGAAUGUGACAGCCCAGCUAAGAGUCAGUUUCCAGAUCGCUAAGAGUCAGUUUCCAGAUCAGAAUGCUGGAGCUAUACAAGGGCGUCAAAUUGGGGAGAACGUUUCGAGAAAUGACAAGAUCAAUUUUCUUGUGAAUACAAGAAGUAGCGAUGAUGUUGUGAAGGAAAGAGAGAAAGAAAGCAGUAGGGAUAGGAGGAAAGAUGAUAGAGUUGAGCGAGAGAAGGAUAGGAGCAAAGAUAGUAAGGUGAGGGACAAAGAAUAUGAUAGGGAAAAAUAUAGAGAGAAAGAGUGCGAUAGGGAUAAAGAUAGAAAAGAUCGAGGGAAAGACCGUGAGAGGGAGAGGGAGAGAGAUGCAGAGAAGGAUAGUGAUCGAGGACGAGACAAGGAGAGGGUAAAGGAGAAGAACAGGGAUAGGGACAAAGAUAAAGAAAGAGAAAAGGAAAGGGAUAGGCCAAAGGAAAAGGAAAGGGAAAAGGAGAGAGAUAAAUAUAAGGAUCUUGAAGGAACCAAAUCUAUGAUGGACCAUGAAGAUAAUAGGGAUAGGGAUGCUUCCAAGCAAGGGAGGUUAUCCCAUCAUGCUGAGACUGAAGAAAAUACUGAGGGGUCAUUAGCUGGAGCGCACUUGUCGGCAUCAGAGCUUGAGGAGCGAAUAUUGAAGAAAAGAGAAGAAAGAUUGAACAAAAAUUCUGAAGGUGUUUCUGAAGUUUUGUCAUGGAUCAGUCGGAGUCGUAAGCUCGAGGAGAAAACGAUUGCUGAAAAGGAGAAAGCAUUGCGGCUCUCAAAGAUUUUUUCGGAACAGGACAAUGUUGGUCAAGGAGACAGUGAAGAUGAGGAAGAAAGCCACGGUACUGCGCGUAAGGGUUCUUACUCCUUAUGAUUUGUCUUGUAAAAUCGAAUUGAUGUUUUGACAUGAUUUUGAAUCAGUCCAUCUUGCAUUUUAUUAGAUUUUGAGUGCAUAGAUUGGACUGAUUCAAAUACCAUACUCAUCAAGUUCUACUGAGUAGUCAUGAAAUUUACUAAUGACAUCCAAGCUCCAUAAUAGAACUAAAAUUGUGUG